AUGGCAGGCCGGGACACUGAGCUCGACGAGGAAGGAUGGGCGCUGUUUGAAGAGCCGAAAGAUUUCCGGCCUCCGACGCCGCCUCCCACAGAGGUGCAGCACACGUGCCUAGAUGGCGACGUCAUCACCCUGCGGUUGGUGGGAUCGCAUCCGCUGUGGGGCCACUAUCUGUGGAACGCCGCACCGACGCUGUCGACGUACCUGGAAGAGCACGCGUCCCUCGUUCGUGAGAAGCGUGUGCUCGAGCUAGGUGCUGCGGCAGGUCUGCCUUCGAUCGUCGCACGCAAGACGGGCGCGUCCAGCGUGGUGGCGACGGACUACCCCGAUCCAGAUCUCCUGCAGAAUCUGGCACACAACGUCGAGCGCUAUGGCGGCCAUGUGGUGGGCUUCAUAUGGGGCGCAGAUGGCGCGCCGCUCCUCACACACGCGCCAGAAGGCUUUGAUCUUGUGCUCCUAUCCGACCUGAUUUUCAAUCACCAGGCGCACCCUGCGUUGAUCGAUACCCUCGACCGGUGCAUGCGGCGCGAUGGCCAAGCGCUGGUAUUCUUCAGUCACCACCGACCGCACCUCGCUGAGCGCGAUCUGGCUUUCUUCACACUCGCAGAAGAACGUGGAUACGUGUGCACAAAGCUACAGGAAUGGGUUCUGUCGCCCAUGUUUCCCGACGAUCCAGGCGAUGCACAGGUUCGUGCCACCGUGCACGGGUAUACCCUCAGGCAUCGGUCGCGAGAUGCAGAGGCUGCCCCUUGUCCUUCAUAG